UCCGACAUCAAGAGGAUGGCAGCCUUAAUAAGGUGCACCGAGGUGUUGAUACAAGGCCAACUACAAUGUAAUUGCUUCCCUAGGAAAGUUGGAAUAAUGAAUCCGAGUCUACAUCCUGCUAAAUGUAAUUCCUGUUCGAACGAAAUCAGCGACCGAUAUAUUAUGCAAAUAGCGAACGAAUGUUAUCACGAGAUGUGCCUGAUAUGCUGCAUUUGCGGUAUUCAUCUUGCUCAAACGUGUUUCACCAGGGAUCGUAAAUUGUACUGUAAAUUCGACUACGACAGAUUAUAUGCUAAAAAGUGUCUUGGAUGUUCGGAAAAAAUACCGGCUGAAGAGUUGGUGAUGCGAGCUUCGGAUUACAUAUUUCAUUUGCGGUGUUUUGUCUGCGUCGUCUGUGGAGUUCCGUUACAAAAAGGUGACCAAUUUAUUAUCAAACAAGGCCAAUUGUUUUGUCGUCCGGAUUACGAGAAGGAAGUCGAAAUGAUGCAAGAUUUUCCACCAGAUUUUUCAUUCGACGACGCAUCCUUUCAGUCACGAAGUCACGACGGAAGAAGGGGGCCUAAACGACCGAGGACCAUUUUAACAACGCAACAAAGAAGAGCAUUCAAAGCGUCGUUCGAAAUUAGCCCAAAACCGUGUCGAAAAGUUAGAGAAUCUUUGGCCAAAGAUACCGGACUUAGUGUGCGCAUUGUUCAAGUAUGGUUCCAAAAUCAGCGGGCGAAAAUGAAAAAAAUGCAGAAAAAAGCCAAAAUGGAGAACAAAUCGAUCAACCAGAACGUAUUAAACAACAAUAACAACUGCAGUAGCAACGGUAGCGAUAGCGAUUGCCUGAAUGGCGAUAAAGUCGACACUUUGAAAGAUGAAAAAAGUCCGGAGAACAUGAUGCCACAUUAUAUAAAUGACAGUGAUACCGAACAAAAUAUUGUCCUUACCAGAGAUAACUACUAUUCGCGGAGUAUGCCUUUUAAAGAUUUAAUUGAUAAUGAUGUGCCGUAUUACAAGCCGCAGCAUUUACAUCAAGAUGAAGCGAAUGCAAUGCUGUUUCCGACGUCACUAGGUUACAUGAAACCAGACGAUAAAGAUAUUAAUCUACUGCACAUGAUACCGAAUAACGUUGUAUCUAGACCAUUGGAAAUGUCGAGUAAUAUUCUGAUGCCGGGUCGUCUACAUGGUAUGUCCACCAUAUCUAACGCCAUGAUGAAUCCUAUCGAUAGACUAUACUCGAUGAACGAUACGUAUUUCCGAGCCGAAGAACCGUCGGUAAUGGAUUGACCAUUGUAUACUCCUCUUACACUUUCUCUUCCUCCUCCUCCUCUUCCUACUUGUACCCCUCUUCAUCAUCCUAGCAGUCAUCUCAAACCAUCUCAUAAUGUACACUACGAGCGUUUACGCGAUAUAAGGUUCAAAAAUACGAGCCCUCUUCCUUUCUCCCUCACUCACUUACCCGCCCAAAAUGUACUAUGAAACCAAUUUGUUAGCAUUUUCUAUCUUAAAUAUAAUGUUUUAAUUAUGUGUUU